AUGGAGGGCGGUGGUGGCUCAGCCGGCAAUUCUUGUCUGAUGGCUUUCGGAGAGAACCAUAAUAACAAUAAUAACAAUGGGUUUUUUCCCAUGAUUAUGAUUCCUCAGAUGGCUCCUUCUUCUCAGCCGCCGGACGGUGGAAACACCUUGUUUCUCCCAUUACCGGCGGCCCACCAAGACCUUAACCGCGACGGCGGAUCCGCCGCCGGCGGCGGCGGCUCGUCCAUGAUGCUUGAAGAUCACCAAAAUCAUGGUAAUAACAACACGAGCACUGGGUAUUAUUUUAUGGAGAACACAAAUGAGGCGGGAAACUGUACCGCCAAGGCAAAGAUCAUGGCUCAUCCUCACUACCAUCGUCUCUUGUCUGCUUACGCUAAUUGUCAGAAGGCGUACGUUAAUUACAACCUUGGCCUGAUGAGCAGUGUCAUAACUCGUCACUUGGUUCAGGAUCCGGAGUUCUGA